AUGCCACCAAGAGAGCCUUGCGAAGAAAAACAAAAUGUGCAACGUUGCGAGCAACAACAAAAUGCUCAAGCUCAGGAGCUUCAGCAACAACCGCAGCAAUUGCAAGAGCCGCAGCAACCGUUGGAACCGAGAAGAAGACGAGUUAUGAUUGGGAAUGAGGAACUUGAUGAGCGGGAAGAAGCUGUGAUAUUGGCGAUUGCGAGAAAUUUGUUGGUGGGUUUAAGGGGGAGGCUUUGUAGGCGUAGACCGAGUUUUGGGCUCAAGAUUUGUUUGAUGAUAUUCAGCCGCCAAAAAGUAUUCUGAAAAAGUUCUGAUUCGCCAGAUGUUUUUUUCCAGAAGAAUCUUCGGAACGUGAAUUUUGUUAAUACGUUUUUCUAAAAUAAUAUUUUGAGCCAAAAACUUGACCGCCAAAGGUUUUCUUGUAAGAAUCUGAUCAUUUUGAAAAAAAAACUUUUUUCAGGCUGCAGAACGUGGUGAGGUUUGA